CAGGUAUUUUUCCCAUUCCUACAUGUUGAAUAAAAGACCAUACGUGAUCUAAGAGUCACCCCAAAGGAAUUGCAAAGUGUUGGUUUAGGAGUUAAAAGACUUUGUGUUCUGAACUCAAGCCCAUUAAUAGCCAUGUGACCACAGCAAAUUGGAACUCUGAGCUUCUGUUCCCUUAUUUGUAAAAUACUUGCUUGCUCUGUGUGCCUCACAGAGCUGUUGAAAAUCCCAAAUAAGAUCAUAAAUGUCAGAGUACUUCGAAGACUGUGAAACAUUGAAUACUGCUUAUGAGGGAGUGGUUAUAUAGCUUAAAGCAUUUAACUGGAAAGGACCUUGGAAAUCCUUUUAAAGGAGGAUGGGGGUGGAAAUGCACACGUUGCUCCUCUGUCUCUUUUUUUCUUUCUUUCUUUUUUUUGAGACAGAGUCUCACUCUGUCGCCCAGGCUGGAGUGCGGUGGCGUGAUCUUGGCUCACUGUGGCCUCCGCCUCCCAAGUAGCUGGGAUUACAGGCUUGCCCCAUCAUGCCGGGCUAAUUUUUGUAUUUUUAGUAGAGACAAGGUUUCACCAUGUUGGCCAGGCUGGUUUGGAACUCCUGACCUCAAGUGAUGUGCUCACCUUGGCCUCCCGGAGUGCUGGGAUUAAAGGCAUGAGCCGCCACACCUGGCCUAGGUUGUUUGUCUACUGUGAAUCUUGAGGUUAUGGUUUCCACUAGACUAUAGUGCUCAACUAUAGUGGCCUAUUUUAAGUGGCCUUAUAAUUCCUAACCAAAGUGACUUGUGAAACAGAGGACCCUGGAUAAAUUUAAAUGUUAUAAAGAUGAUAAAACGUACAGAGAUUUCCUGUUAGACAAGACAAAUUAGAGUUUUCCUACUGACUUAACUUAGGUGAAGAGGGAACAGAAAUCUUUGCUCCCUGACUUUGGAAAUCUCGUUUAACCUUCAAACUGGCGAUGUCAAGGGUUCCAAGUCCUCCACCUCCGGCAGAAAUGUCGAGUGGUCCCGUAGCUGAGAGUUGGUGCUACACACAGAUCAAGGUAGUAAAAUUCUCCUACAUGUGGACCAUCAAUAACUUUAGCUUUUGCCGGGAGGAAAUGGGUGAAGUCAUUAAAAGUUCUACCUUUUCAUCAGGAGCCAAUGAUAAACUGAAAUGGUGUUUGCGAGUAAACCCCAAAGGGCUAGAUGAAGAAAGCAAAGAUUACCUGUCACUUUACCUGUUACUGGUCAGCUGUCCAAAGAGUGAAGUUCGGGCAAAAUUCAAAUUCUCCAUCCUGAAUGCCAAGGGAGAAGAAACCAAAGCUAUGGAGAGUCAACGGGCAUAUAGGUUUGUGCAAGGCAAAGACUGGGGAUUCAAGAAAUUCAUCCGUAGAGAUUUUCUUUUGGAUGAGGCCAACGGGCUUCUCCCUGAUGACAAGCUUACCCUCUUCUGCGAGGUGAGUGUUGUGCAAGAUUCUGUCAACAUUUCUGGCCAGAAUACCAUGAACAUGGUAAAGGUUCCUGAGUGCCGGUUGGCAGAUGAGUUAGGAGGACUGUGGGAGAAUUCCCGGUUCACAGACUGCUGCUUGUGUGUUGCUGGCCAGGAAUUCCAGGCUCACAAAGCUAUCUUAGCAGCUCGUUCUCCGGUUUUUAGUGCCAUGUUUGAACAUGAAAUGGAAGAGAGCAAAAAGAAUCGAGUUGAAAUCAAUGAUGUGGAGCCUGAAGUUUUUAAGGAAAUGAUGUGCUUCAUAUACACGGGGAAGGCUCCAAACCUCGACAAAAUGGCUGAUGAUUUGUUGGCAGCUGCUGACAAGUAUGCCCUGGAGCGUUUAAAGGUCAUGUGUGAGGAUGCCCUCUGCAGUAACCUGUCCGUGGAGAAUGCUGCAGAAAUUCUCAUCCUGGCUGACCUCCACAGCGCAGAUCAGUUGAAAACUCAGGCAGUGGAUUUCAUCAACUAUCAUGCUUCGGAUGUCUUGGAGACCUCUGGGUGGAAGUCAAUGGUGGUGUCACAUCCCCACUUGGUGGCUGAGGCAUACCGCUCUCUGGCUUCAGCACAGUGCCCUUUUCUGGGACCCCCACGCAAACGCCUGAAGCAAUCCUAAGAUCCUGCUUGUUGUAAGACUCCGUUUAAUUUCCAGAAGCAGCAGCCACUGUUGCUGCCACUGACCACCAGGUAGACAGCGCAAUCUGUGGAGCUUUUACUCUGUUGUGAGGGGAAGAGACUGCAUUGUGGCCCCAGACUUUUAAAACAGCACUAAAUAACUUGGGGGAAAUGGGGGGAGGGAAGGGCCCAGGACUCGGGGCUGUUCAACCUAAUGAAAACCCUGUUGCUGCGUCACUGUGUUCCCUUUGGCCUGGCCGAGUUUGAUACUGUGGGGAUUCAGUUUAGGCGCUGGCCCGAGGACAUCCCAGCGGUGGUACUUCGGAGAAACCUGUCUGCAUCUGACUGAGCAGAAUAAAUCGUCAGGUGCCUGGAGCAAAAAGGAAAAAAAAAAGAAAGGACAUUGAGUUUUAACAGAAGGGAAAAGGAAAGAAGAAAAGAUUUUUGCAGAAUUUCUCAAAAAUCAGUUUGUGGAUUCCAGUAGUAUUUAUAUUGAGAGAAACAAAUUUUAGUCCUUCCAACUGUGCUAAAACUUGGAUAUUUGUGAAAACUCACCACCAUACAAGCAUCAGAAGAGCUCUCUUGUUAUUAGCACUUACUGUUUGCAAGAACAGAAUGCAUCCUUUUAUCCUUUUAUGAAAAAUGACAAGUGAAGGCAAAAGGGGAAGGUUAUUUGAUCUGGAAGAUGAGUGUUCUGAUGUGGUGGCUUUUGCAAAAAUCUUUAUUGGUGUUGAAAACUGGAAAAAAAUAACUCAUCCAGAAUUCAUACUGUCUUGACAAGAACUAUGGUUCUCUGUUUUUAGAUAUUGUGGAAAAUGUUUUUGGGCAUUUUUCUCUGAUUUUAUUUCUUCUCCCCCGCCCCUUUUUCUAAAAAACAAACAAACAAAAAAACACACAAAACAAAAACAGAACAAAAGAAGAGAAGAGAGAAGGAAAUUUUAUUAAUUAAAGAUGCUGUGUGAUAAAAUCCCAGCCCAGAUUGCUCAGCUGUUUGUACCUGACUUGCCGCCUGCAUAGGAGCCAGUUCUGUUCCUUCUGACUAGCCCCUCUUCCUCCAGGGGAGAACUUCCAAAUGUUAAUUUUUUCUUUUUGAAAAUAUAAAUAAUUACUAUUUUGUACUGUGUGGUAUCUCUGGUCUUUUGUUUCACUCACCUGCCUUGUCUCUUGGGUCUGAGUCCCUUGCUUAAGGGAUUUUGAAGUCCUAGUUUUCAGCUUGCAGAGAUUAUGUUUGAAAUGUCUAAUGAGCCGUAGGGAUUUGUUGAGACUCCGUAAUUUCAAGUUUUCUUUGUGAGCUAUCAGCAUCUGCCAGUCUCUUGUCCUCCCUGAGUAUCUCACAGUCCAUAUCCUGAUGAGGGAUCAGGCCCCUACCUGUGCCAAGGCAAGUCAUGGUAGUGGGCUUUUCUGCACCCUGUAUGUUUUAAGACCUAAUCCCCACCUCCCUUCUCCUAAUUAAAUACAAAAAGAUCCAGGGGACAUAAAUGUGGAGAUUAAAUAAAGGGAAAUUAUUGUCUCUAA